GUGGAUAUUGGGAUAAUGCGAGGGGGAAAAAAAAUAUGAAGAUAUGUACUGCCGCUCAUUUAAUUCUGCUUCAUUUUUUCCUCCUUCUUACGUCAUUACAAACAUGGACGUAAUUUCAAAGUUCAUAUAAAUGAGCAAUACAAAUAGCCCAUGCCAAACCCAUCGUGCGCAUAUGUAAAACAUAGAGUUCGCCAAUUUUCUGUGCAAGUGAACCAACUUUCCCGACAUUUGCCUUUUUUGAAGCCUUGCGCGAUUGAUUACCAGUUCUACAUUUGCGAACUCUCCCCUCAUUCCCUUUUUCAACUCUUCAAAAUGACAAAAUGAUUAGUAAUUUUCCAUCUGAUAAUAACCUUACAACAGAAGAAAACUUGGAACAUGACGAAGGAACGACGUCAACCGCUCUUUCGCAAAAGAAAAAAUUAACGAACAAGGAAAAGAAAAAACUGGAAUACGAAGAAAGAAUCAGGAAAAAAAGAGAAAAACAUUUAAAAAGAGUAAAAAAAAUAAUCACAAAAAGUAACCUGCCUUCGCUAAAUGGUCUAAAAAAUGAGCUGCUAAGGGACUGCCCCGCCACUACUCUGAGUGGGACAGACGAACCGGAGGAAGCUCUCCAGAAGGGGGAAAAUGACCAAAAUGUGGAAUCCCAAAAUGUGAAAUUCCAAGCGGAAACCCCCAAACGGGCCAACACAGAUCGAAUAAAAAAUCCAAAUGACCAUUCACAUGAGCCAGACGAAACGGGAGGUGAAGAAAACAAAUCACGUAGAAAAGAAAUCGAAAGGAUAAACAACAAAUACAAACAGCUCUGUUCUAUGGAAAAUGUGUCGAAGAAGAAACUGAUGAAAAAGCUAAAGUACAAACAAAAGCAGGACAAAGAAGCGGAAAAGGAAAAGUUGUUCAAAAAUAUAGAACAAUACAGGUUAAACAGGAACCAGCGAAAUUUUAUCAUUCAAUUUGACGCAAAGAAAAAGAGCCAAAAUCAGGAAAAUCUAGAAAAACUGUUUCAGACUUAUGAAGAAAUGAAGAUCGAUUUACCAAAUAAUUUGAAGGUUAUAAAGAACAAGCUAGAAAAAAAAAAAAAAAAAUUUUUGGAAAGCAAAAAAAGAAACCAAGAAUUUGCCACUUUUCAACAUGGCGCAGGGGGAAAGAAGCCCAAAGUGUCAAAAGAGGAGCACCAUCAUGCUGACGUAAAUCAGAAUGGUGAUCUGAUUCCCAGUGAAGGAGACGAUACUAACGAUGAGAUAGUGACAAACGGUUGUUCAGCACAAAAUGGAAGAAAUGGCAGCGAAGGAGUCGGGGAAACUAAGUGCAAGCAUGUGCUUAACACAGGGAGUGACCUUGCUGAAAAUGACCAUCUUGAUGGUGAGCACCCAGUGACGCCUCUCCUGAUGGUGAGCAGCCCAGUGACGCCUCUCCUGAUGGUGAGCAGCCCGGUGAUGCUUCCCCUGAUGAAGGGCAUUCCGGUGACGCCUCCCCUGGUAGGGACACACCGGACCGCGCGAACCACCGUGGGGAAGGAGAGAAAAGAAAAAUCGCCUACCAAAGAGUCAGCAUAAAUCGAAAGGAAGGCAUAGAGAAAAUGAGACAGGCGCUGCCCGUCUUGGGGUACGAACAAGAAAUUAUCGAAGCGAUCCUAAAUUACGACGUUGUGUUUAUAAGUGGAGAUACAGGGUGCGGAAAAUCCACACAAAUUCCCCAGUUUGUUUAUGAGCACGGGUUAUGCACAGAUAACUACCUCAUCGGUGUGACAGAACCGAGAAAAAUAGCUGUAAGAAGCAUUUCGAAUAGGUUAAACGAAGAACUCAACGUUGAAGAUGUAGCUGGGUAUCAAAUAAGAUUCGAAAAAUCGCAUUUUUUAAAAAACAGUAAAAUAAAAGUUAUGACGGAAGGUAUACUACUAAGAGAAAUUAUGAACGACUUUAUUUUGUCAAAAUAUGCUGUUAUCAUCCUAGACGAAGCCCAUGAGAGAAGCAUAAACAUGGAUUUAAUUUUAGGCCUCCUUUCCAUCAUCUGCAAAAUUAGAAAAAACAAUUAUUUCGCAUACAAAUCGAAUGUCAUCCCAAUUAAAGUCAUCAUUAUGUCUGCAACUAUUAAUGAUACCCACUUUUUUGAAAAUAAAAUUUUUACAAAUUAUACCUCCAUCAACAUUCCAACGGAAAAAGUACCCGUGGUGGAUCACUUCCUCUCCUACACCCCUCAAAACUAUGUUGAAGAAGCCAAAAAAAAAGUUAUACAAAUUCAUAAGAGGCUACCACCUGGUAGCAUCCUAGUGUUCUUAACAAGUCAGGAAGAAAUUUAUCGUCUAUAUAAUUUACUCAACAAUUUGAAAAUGUCCGAAAAAAAUACGCAAGUGGGAGAUGAAGAAAGAACACACACGAUUGAACUUACUAGUGAGGAAGCGAACAAAGCGCAGAACGAAAAUGUAAAUUCUUUUGACCUAAGUGAGGACGAAAAAAACGCGAAUGAUAAUAAGUACAGUUUUUUUCUCCGAUCAGCGGAUGAAGAUAAGGAAAAGCGAAUUAUAUUUGAGGCAUCCGACAGUGACGACGAGGAUGCUCCCUUGCACAGCGCCCUGUCGGUAAGCGCACCUGACCCGGCCGAGCAAAAUGAGCCAAUUGACCAAACUGACCAAGCUGAUCACACUGAGCAGCGUGAAAAUGAUGCCGAUGAGCAUGAAGAAAAUUGCAGCUUAUUGAACAAUCCCAGCAGUGCAGAAGCGAACCUAACGGAUAGCAACGCAGAAACAAACGGCUUGGGAAAAACGGAGAACGGGAAUGACACCCCCUGCUGUGGGAGCAGUCAGACUGAAGAAGGUGAGGUUGGCGAAGGAGGCCCCCCUUCGGAGGGGCACACCAAGGGGGAUAACCAUUAUGGUGAAGAUAUCCAAAAUGGGGAUGAACUGUCGGAGGAUAGUCAAUCAUCUAGUGAACACACGCAGGACAACCAACCGGAUGAUGAACAAACGGAAGGACAGCCCAACGAACACACAGUAAACGGAAAAGCGAAAAAACAAAAGAACAAACAAGAAUCAAGCAUUUGGAAGGGAAGUGACGGGUCAGGAAGACUAAAAGUUUUUAAACUCUUUGCAAAUCUGCCGAUGAAGGAACAAUUAAGUUUAUUUAACAACCCUAGGGAUGAUGAGCGAGUCUGCAUUCUAAGCACAAACAUAGCAGAGACGUCUAUCACCCUGCCAAACAUCCGCUACGUAGUGGACUGCGGAAAGGAAAAGAGAAAAAUUUACUCAACGUUGAACGAUUAUUCCUACUACGUUAUUGAUAACAUAAGUAAAAGCUCUUCAAUCCAAAGAAAAGGAAGAGCAGGUCGAAUCUUACAUUUAUUAAAAAAAAAUAAAAAAAAUAAAAAGAAAAUCGAAACGGAAAAGGGACAUGUGUACAAAUUAUAUUCAUCAAAUUAUUACAACUAUUUUUUCAAAAACGAUAAUGAUUACCCAAUUUUGAACUACCCCCUUGACUCCCUAAUUUUAUACCUGCUAAGUUUUAAAAUAAAAAAUGUAGAACAUUUCCCCUUUAUUAAUAAGCCAGAAAAGUGUAAAUUUCAGGAGGCCCAAAAAAGAUUAAUUUAUCUUAACUGCAUCUAUUUUGGCUACCAAGAUGUUCAGUUCCUUUUUAAAAACCUAAAUGAUAAAAUGGCCUCAAAAAAAAGUAUCCAAAAUCAUAUUAACAUGUUUAACUCGAAGCGUAAAAGCGGAAUUACCCCAAGUGGCAGUUUCGUCCUGUCCCUACCGAUAAGCACAAGAUAUGCCAAAAUUUUAACCGACGUGUGCCUAAAAUCGUUAGCGAUUAAUCACACCAGUUCAAUCCCGUUAGCCUGUCUCCUAGUCUCGUGUUUAUAUUUGGAGUCCAUUUUUUCGUACGACUACAAGCUGAAGGCCAAGUACGGCAAAGGGGGCAAAAAAAGGAAAAACGCCCCGAAUGGAAACAGAGCGAGCAGUGGUGGCCAAACGAAGGGUAGCAACCAACCGAACGGUAGUAACCAACCGAAUGGUAAUGACACCCUCAGCAGACGUAACUACAAUUUGGCAAGCUUAAUUUUUAAAAAGAACGACGAAAAUGAGAACCAAAGUGAUGUGAAUAGUUGCUCCUCUGGCGAUGUACCCUCCGAUGAAUUGCUCUCAUCGGAGGGAAGUUCCCCAAACAGCGAUGCAAAUGACAACACCCUUGAUGACUUUAAAUUAAGAUUCGAUAACGACAUUGACUUUUACCUGAACGUGUGUACCUCCUUUUAUUUUUCAAAGGACAAAAAUCAUUUCUGUUCUAGCAUGCACUUGGACAAGAAAAAAAUGGAAGAACUGCUCAAAUUGUCUAACCAUUUAAUAAAAAUAAUAAAUCACAAAUUUAACAAAAAUAUCAAUUUUGACCUUUUGGAAAAGAACCCAUCAGACUUAUCCAAAAAAAUAAUUCACUACGCAGUCAUCCAGGGAUUUAUAGACCACCUAGCCAUUCGCUCCGACUUAAUACAUAACGAGUACACGAGAAACUCCAAUUUAAACUUUAACACCAAGAGGGCCUACUUCUCCCAAAAUAUGAACACUCCAAUAUAUAUAAACUCGGCGUCGCUGUUGUAUAAAAAUAGGCCGUACCCAAAAUACGUCCUGUACAAUUACAUAAUGAAGAACGCAAAGUCGUACGUCAUGUUCGACUGCCUAAGUGUAAACGAAUCAGAUUUAGGAAAAAUAACCAACGUGUGUAUUUUCAUUAACGAAUAUGAAAAGAUACCACCGGCUAAAUAUGACAUGCGGAAGGACAAAAUCGUCGUUUGCGUGAAGCCCUUGUAUUUGCCCUAUUCUCAUUAUCUACCCAUGACGACAAAAGAGUUAAAUGAAAACGGUUUGUUAUUUUACAACUACCUUGCUUUGUUCAUAUUAGACGGGUCCAUGUUUCCAAAAAUGUCCUCAUUUCAUGUGUUUUACGCCCAUUCGGCUAAUGACAUUAUCGCGUGCAGCAGCCAGCCUGUUAAGCAGUUCGUAGAUGCGCUGAGGGAGGCAAGAAUAAGCAGUAGGUCGACCCUAAUUAACAAGUGGAAAAGCCAAAAGGAUUUUUUAAAGCAAGAAUUCGUAUCCCUGAUUGGAAAGAAACUUAACAAGUAUAAUGAGCAGCUCAUCGAUAAAAUGUGGCCGCCCCUAAACUGAACUGAAUAUGUGCAUAGAGACACACGCGAAUGUGCUUAUCAGAAGCAGUGGUUCCUUUGAAAGCUCUAAAGGAUUUUAUUACGCCCACGCUGAUUCCACAUGGAAAAUGAAUUUGUAAAAGGUGGAACUGGGGAAGGGGGGAAAAACACACAUUUGUUAUACGAAGCACAUUUACCAUUGUUAUAGACCAUUUUUUUCGCCGCAUAGCCGUUUUGUCGUAAAAUAGUUAAAACCUCCCCCUUUUUUAACAGAUGCCAUUUUACCAUCGUUUUCAUGUGGGGCCCUCCUCCCCUCCUUUGUAAUUCAAAAAUGAAACAUUUCCCACCCACCCCGCGUAUUCCAUUUUUCGCAUUUUUUAAAGUGCACACAAAAUAGUUGCAUAGGAUGUGCUAAAUGUAACACUUUUCACUUUUUUUUAAACAUGCUUGGAUGGCUCCACUGCGAUAGUUCCAACUCACUUCUUUGAUUUGAUAAUCUUUAAAAUGUUU